AUGUAUAUCUUGACCUGCUUGCCCAUUGUUGCUAACUCCAGAUGCAGACGGGUUUGUUCCGUUCAUGGCAGGGUUGGACGUCUCUCUCUGACAGGUCCCACAGAGGGAACUCUACUUUUAUACCCUUUUAUCUGUGAACGCACAUCAUAUAUGCUCAUGCGUCCUUUGUUCAAGCCCAAGAAGCCUAAGCCAGAAUUCCAAGAUCGAAAGGCCUACCUGUCACCCGACAAUUGGGAGCUUGACUUCGACACCACCAACUUCCCUGGUUCUCCUCAUCAUCGCAACCAAGAACUAAACGACGAAACUCAUCCUCAUCUUGAGCUACCGCGAACCAUGGUGUGCAUGCCCAAAGUAUAUCCCGGAGAUUCAGUAUGGUGGCACAGCGAUGUAAUCCACGCCGUGGAAUCUCGGCACAACGGUAAGAAUGCGGCGGCGGUAUUCUACGCACCAGCUGUAGCUCUUACUCCUAAGAACAUGGAAUACAUUCGGGACCAGAAGGCGACGCUCCUCUCGGGACGGCCACCUCCAGAUUUUCCUGGUGGGACUGGCGAGAGCGAGUUCAAGAGCCGAGGUACAGGGGAUGACCUUUUGACUGUGGAAGGAAAGGAAGGGCAAGUUCUCGUUACAGAGGCUUCUAGCGUGAAAAAGAGUGCUGACAGCGGGAGAAUUGGCCUUGUUCCUUUCAAACACACGGAUACAAUGUCGGAGACCGAGAGAUUGACCAGACAGGCAGCCAAUGCUAUACUUGGCUUCUAG